UUUCUGUUUUAUUUUUCUUCGUACAAAUUGCUAACUCUUUGGGUAUAAUUGAUGGAUAAAGAAAAGGUCUACUACUAAGAAAAUUAAAGACUACGCUUAUCUUCCAUCAGUCGACUCCGCCGCCUCAUUUAUGCGCUCCAUAUCGUGCCUCGGCGCAUGGGACGGCGCAUCGAUGACAGCUUUCGUCGCCGCCCUCCCGGUGCCCCCGGGAGAUUCCGUCGCCUCAUCGAGCGUCUUCCUCCCACGCUAUGAAAACGGGUCCUCGCGGUUGGCCGUCUCCAAGCCUUCCUGGAUCGUCCGAACGGAGGGCUCUGGUUUUUACAGCGAGGUGAGUAGUGCUAUUCGAUCAGGAGGAUUGUGUAAGAACACUUUCUUGUCAAAUGUUAGGAGAGAGAAAAUGAAGAGACCAGAUCCGCCAUGUGUGGUCUGUGAUGGUAGUGGGAGAAUUGAUUGCCACUAUUGUCGAGGAAGAGGCAGGACGAACUGCCUGGAUCUGAUCAUGCUCCCUAAAGGAGAAUGGCCUAAAUGGUGCAAGGUCUGUGGCGGAAGCGGACUUGGCCACUGUAACCGCUGCCUCGGAACAGGAGAAUACCGAGAUGUAAUGGGAUUUCAUUUUAUGAAGAAUAAUAGGGAUUCAACAUGAUUAAGCAACCGUAUCAGAUGGUCAAUGAUGUGUCGCAGGGAAAGCAGAUGCGAGUAGUGCAAAUACACCCUCGUGACAAUUUCUCGAGGUUGGGCAGAAGAAUAGCAUCACUGGUUAUCCGAUAUGAAUGCUUCGAGUGAACCUCUGCUUUGUACACAUUGAGCCUAACGAAAAAGUUGGUGGCGCAGGUGAGCUUGAACGCA